GAUGGCCCUCUUUAGGUCCCUGCCGCACUCGAGACCUCGCACUUUCUCCAACUUUUCUUUUCCUUUCUUCUUUCUUCUCCUCCGCUGAACUCGUACAGUGAGAGAAAGUUUGAUAUAUACAUAUAGAUAGAGAAAGAGGAGUUCUCUCACACACUCUCUUUAACAUCUGAAUCUGAUUCGCAGAAAAGAGAAAGAGAAAGAUGGAGAACGAAUCUGGCAAAAUCGUAGAUGUAAAAAGUGUUCUAACGCAUGGUGGGAGGUACAUUCAAUACAACGUUCUCGGAAACCUUUUCCAGGUCUCCGCCAAGUACGUUCCUCCCUUUCAACCCGUCGGACGCGGUGCUUAUGGCAUCGUUUGCUGUGCUACUAACUCCGAGACAAAGGAAGAAAUCGCAAUCAAGAAAAUUGGCAAUGCAUUUGACAAUAGGAUUGAUGCGAAAAGGACCCUACGCGAAAUCAAACUUCUUUGCCAUAUGGAUCAUGAGAAUAUCAUCAAAAUCAAGGACAUCAUACGGCCCCCAGAUAGAGAAGAGUUCAAUGAUGUGUAUAUCGUGUAUGAAUUAAUGGAUACUGAUCUACAUCAGAUAAUACGCUCUUCCCAGGCACUUACGGAUGAUCACUGUCAGUAUUUUCUAUAUCAGUUGUUGCGGGGCCUGAAGUACAUACACUCUGCAAAUGUUUUGCAUCGAGAUCUCAAACCAAGCAACCUGCUGCUGAAUGCAAAUUGUGACCUUAAGAUUUGCGACUUUGGGCUUGCAAGAACCACCUCAGAGACAGAUUUUAUGACAGAAUAUGUUGUAACCCGAUGGUAUCGUGCCCCUGAAUUGUUACUCAACUGCUCAGAAUAUACUGCUGCCAUUGAUAUUUGGUCAGUUGGUUGCAUUUUGAUGGAGAUUCUUAGAAGGGAACCACUGUUUCCGGGCAAAGAUUAUGUUCAGCAGUUGGGGCUUAUAACUGAGCUAUUGGGUUCACCCGAAGAAUCAGAUCUUGGAUUCCUAAGGAGUGAUAAUGCUCGAAAGUAUGUCAAGCAGCUCCCUCAUGUCCCAAAGCAACCCUUCUCAAAGAAGUUCCCAGAUGUGUACCCAAUAGCCAUUGAUCUUGCAGAGAAAAUGCUAGUUUUUGAUCCAUCGAAGCGCAUAACUGUUGAGGAAGCAUUGAAUCAUCCAUUUUUGUCGAGUCUCCACGAGAUCAAUGAGGAACCCACUUGCCCAUCUCCUUUCAACUUUGAUUUCGAACAAUCAUAUUUGAGUGAAGAGGAUAUAAAGGACCUCAUAUGGAGGGAGGCACUGAAAUAUAACCCGGAUAUGAUGGAGUAGUCACACCAAUAUUUAUCCUUUGCUUAUGUUGCUCAGUUGAUGCCUUGAUAGAGUGUUGUGGUUUGUGGAUUUUAAGGUUAGUAAUUGUAUAAUAUGUAGUAUGGUUUUCAUAUAAAGCAAGAGUGAUCAGGGAGAUAGGUUCUCCCUUGUAUCAACUGUUGAGAAGGGGUGGGGGAGCUACUGGAUUCACUCUUCGAGAAUCCGGUCCCAUCGAGAAUAUGUAUGCAAAAAAGAAGGUUAUUCUCCUAGCCUCCUUUUUCCAUUUUGGUUUGUAUAUUCUGAAUCCAGUUUUAUUAAUAUAAAGGCUGAAAACAGAGAGAUAAAAAAUGGUCAAAAAGUAUUGAUUCUGGUGCA